UCCGCCAGCGCCACCGCCCACUCGGGGCUGGCCAGCGGCGGGCGGCCGGGGCUCAGAGUAGGGCCCGGCUGGGCGAGUGCACGGCCAUGGCCCCGUGGCUGCAGCUCUGCUCUGUCUUCUUCACGGUCAACGCCUGCCUCAAUGGCUCGCAGCUGGCUGUGGCCGCGGGCGGCUCCGGCCGCACGCGGGUCGCCGACACCUGUGGCUGGAGGGGAGUGGGGCCAGCCAGCAGAAACAGCGGGCUGCACAACAUCACCUUCAGAUAUGACAACUGUACCACCUACUUGAACCCAGUGGGGAAGCAUGUGAUCGCCGACGCCCAGAACAUCACCAUCAGCCAGUAUGCUUGCCAUGACCAAGUGGCAGUCACCAUUCUUUGGUCCCCAGGGGCCCUCGGCAUCGAAUUCCUGAAAGGAUUUCGGGUAAUACUGGAGGAGCUGAAGUCGGAGGGAAGACAGUGCCAACAACUGAUUCUAAAGGACCCGAAGCAGCUCAACAGUAGCUUCAAAAGAACUGGAAUGGAAUCUCAACCUUUCCUGAAUAUGAAAUUUGAAACGGAUUACUUUGUAAAGGUUGUACCUUUUCCUUCCAUUAAAAAUGAAAGCAAUUACCACCCUUUCUUCUUCAGAACCCGCGCCUGCGACCUGUUGUUACAGCCGGACAGCCUGGCUUGUAAACCCUUCUGGAAGCCUCGGAAUCUGAACAUCACCCAGCACGGUUUGGACAUGCAGGUGUCCUUCGACCAUGCACCACACAACUUUGGCUUCCGUUUCUUCUAUCUUCACUACAAGCUAAAGCAUGAAGGACCUUUCAAGCGAAAGAUGUGUAAGCAGGAACAAAAUACAGAGACAACCAGCUGCCUCCUUCAAAAUGUUUCUCCAGGGGAUUAUAUAAUUGAGCUGGUGGAUGACACUAAUACAACAAGAAAAGUGGUGCAUUAUGCCUUAAAGCCAGUGCAUUCCCCCUGGGCUGGGCCCAUCAGAGCUGUGGCCAUCACUGUGCCCCUGGUCGUAAUAUCAGCAUUCGCAACACUCUUCACUGUGAUGUGCCGCAAGAAGCAACAAGAAAAUAUAUAUUCACAUUUAGAUGAAGAGAGCUCUGAGUCCUCUACCUACGCGGCAGCACUCCCGAGAGAGAGGCUCCGGCCGCGGCCGAAGGUCUUUCUUUGCUAUUCCAGUAAAGAUGGCCAGAAUCACAUGAAUGUCGUCCAGUGCUUCGCCUACUUCCUCCAGGACUUCUGCGGCUGUGAGGUGGCUCUGGACCUGUGGGAAGACUUCAACCUCUGUAGAGAAGGGCAGAGAGAAUGGGUCAUCCAGAAGAUCCAAGAGUCCCAGUUCAUCAUUGUGGUUUGUUCCAAAGGCAUGAAGUACUUUGUGGACAAGAAGAACUACAAACACAAAGCAGGCAGCCGAGGCUCAGGGAAAGGAGAGCUCUUCCUGGUGGCGGUGGCGGCCAUUGCCGAAAAGCUCCGCCAGGCCAAGCAGAGUUCAUCCGCGGCGCUCAGCAAGUUCAUCGCCGUUUACUUUGAUUAUUCCUGUGAGGGAGAUGUCCCCGGCGUCCUGGACCUAAGCACCAAAUACAAACUGAUGGACAAUCUUCCCCAGCUCUGUUCUCACCUGCACUCCCGAGACCACGGCCUCCAGGAGGCAGGGCCGCACCCGGGACACGGCAGCAGAAGGAACUACUUCCGGAGCAAGUCCGGCAGGUCCCUGUAUGUCGCCAUUUGCAACAUGCACCAGUUUAUCGACGAGGAGCCCGACUGGUUCGAAAAACAGUUCGUUCCCUUCCAUCCUCCCCCGCUGCGCUACCGGGAGCCAGUCCUGGAGAAGUUUGACUCCGGCUUGGUUUUGAAUGAUGUCAUGUGCAAAUCAGGGCCCGAGAGUGAUUUCUGCCUAAAGGCCGAGGCGUCUGUCCUUGAGGGGACCGGGCCGGCCGACUUGAACCCAGACAGUCAGCACAUGGGCCUGUACGAAGACGCCGAGGCCCGGCCCAGCCCUGACGGCGGCUCUGCCCUGCAGCCCCUGCUGCACAUGGUGAAAGCCGGCGGCCCCUCAGACAUGCCGCGGGACUCGGGCAUCUACGACUCGUCCGUGCCUUCGUCGGAGCUGUCUCUGCCGCUGAUAGAGGGACUCUCAACGGACCAGACGGAAACGUCUUCCCUGACGGAGAGCGUGUCCUCCUCUUCAGGCCUGGGUGAGGAGGAGCCUCCUGCCCUUCCUUCUAAGCUCCUUGCCUCUGGGGCAUGCAAAGCAGAACUUGGUUGCCGCAGCUACACUGAUGAACUCCACGCGGUCGCCCCUUUGUAACGAAAUGAAAGAGUCUAAGCAUUGCCACUUUAGCUGCCGCCUCUCUCUGAUUCCCCAGUUCAUCUCUCUGGUUGCAUGGCCCACUUGGAGCUGAGGUCUCAUUCAAGGAUAUUUGGAGUGAAAUUCUGGCCAGUACUUGCUCCUCCUUGCCCCAACCCUCUACCAGGCAAAGUCUCCAAUUUUCUAAAACCGUAUAGAGCUUUGAAAGGCACGUCCAUAAGGUCUGAGCAGUUUGCCAUGUUAGGUCAGUCCUUGGAUCAGAGCUGGUUCUGGGAGACAGGGAGGAAACAUGUAUAGAGGAACAGGAGAAUACCUACACUGAUCAUUCAGACUUCAUUGAGCUCCACAAACUUUGCUUGUUUGCUGUUGGCUACUUUGAUUUGAAAUGCUUUGUGGUAAAAGCACCUUUAAUGUCAUUACAGCCACAGAAAUCAAGUGCCAGUCUAUCCGGAACUCGUAUUGUAGAUGAUAUUCCUGUCCAUUUUUGAUGCAGAACUUAUGAUGGCAUGGGUGUUAAAUAAGCUUUGAAUCAAAGAUCAAGAAAGUGACUGAAUAUACAGUCACCUUUUAUAAAAGAAGUCUCUGUGUAUUAUUGGGUGGCAUAGCUGCUAAAGUGGGCAGGGCGAGGGUGACCAUCUUGACCAUUCCAUCUGCAGUGGGUUGGUCAACGUGUAGAAGAAGGCCCCGGAAGCUCAGCACAUAGAGCGUCCUCUUGGUCUGAGGAGGUGUCUUCUUGCAUCAUGUGGGGGCCAGAUCUGCCUGCCAUAUCCCUGGGUUACAUUUACUGUGCUGCAUCUCAGAUGUUGGUUUCUGGAAGUUUAUUUUUAAGAAACUACCCAGCUGGGCUGUAUUAUUGGAAGGUGCAGUUUGUGCUUAGGUUGGCCUUCUGGUCUAAAGCUGUGUCCUGAAUAUUAAGGAUUGGAAUUCACUGAAAUACAGCAGAGUGUGGAGGUGGUGGCCAGUUAAUCUGCUGAACUGGUUUUGCCUAAUGACAGACCUCUUUUUAAGAAGGUAGAAAAGAGGGAACUAUUAUAAAAGUAAAUGUUCUGUUUUUAUGAAUGACUUUUCUACAGAAUUCCUAUUUCCAAGGAGAAAACAACUGUUCAUAUCCUGUGUGUUGAUUAGCGUGUGUAUAAUGAAUGAUGUCUUGGUCUCCCCUGUGGAAACCCUUCUUCUCCUUGUGCCCUGGAGUGGGUGUGAGUAUCUUUCUCCACCUUUUUCAUGGGCGAUGUUAGAUUUUGGCACCCUGUUUUCUUAGCGUUCAGCCUGGGGACCGUGGUUUCCACGCCUUCAUCAGAUAGGUCCAACAUUAAAGAGGUUGCUGAGAAACAUCCCAAGGGGGCUGGGGGGUAGGAAUAGGGCAGGAUUUUCCCUUCCAAGCACAUGCUCGGCAGGUGGUGAAGGGACGGCUUGCACCCCUGCUGGAAAGGAGAAGUUUGUGUGUAUUUUUGAUGCAAAUGUCAUACUCCCUGUUCUGUAAAGGCAGCUGGCAGCUUCUUGGGAGAAGAACGUGCUCGUCUGUUCUCUGGCAUCAAGUUUCCUGCAGCUGCUCCGAGAGGGAGACAGGGAGCUGCAAGACUGUCUCCUCAUAAAACCAGGCAUCUCAGAGGAGAGAUGUUUCAUGUUGUCAGAGUGGAAUCUGGGAUGAGCGCAGAGCUCCUGCCCACACAUGACUGCCCUGCCAUUUCAUCGUAGGCAUAUGUUUUGUGAAGGAGAUUGGUCAGUCCAAACUUAAUAACUUAGGAAAAUUCACUUGGAACAUUAUCAGAGAGAUUUCUUACUGAGGCCAAAAAAUGUUUUGCCCCACAGGAAUUAUUAGGAGCUGCUUUUGGGAUAGAUAUUCAGCUUUGCUCAUGAAAUGAGCAUCUCUGAGAAAGUGGCCCAGGAGCAGCGUGGAAGACUGGGAGGGGAAGCACUCACUGGGCUCUAAGGCUGUGGGGCAGAGAGCUUGCUACAUGGACGCACUUGUUAUGAAAAUGGAAGGGAAGAAGAGUCCAAAAAUCGUCAUGUUUUAGUUUGGAUUUAGGGUUUGGGUACUUAUUUUGAAAUACUGAUGUUUCUGAUCAAUAAAAUCAAACUCUGGUAUACCAUGUAAUGAAUGACAGUGUGAUUGCCUAACACAGAAAAAGUUGAGAAGU